GUUACACCAUCUUCAACAUAUCCUAUUCACGAAGGUAUCAAAACUAGAACAGAGAUUCCAGUGAUGACGAUAUUGAAACAACAACUAAAAGACAACAAACAUAGAAUUAACGAUAAAACCAGCAAUGACAAGGGCGCCAAAAUGAUGCAAACGAACGACGAGAACACCAAUCUAAAAGAACACCAAAAUGAUGCAAACGAACAAACGAGGACACCAAUCUAA